AUGACUGGUGGCAUCAAUCAGCCUCAGCUACCUGAGAUUGAUGUGGGUCCCUCUCAGCCUCAGUUGCCCCAGCCUAUAGCGGGUCCCUCCCAGCAUCAGCCUUCCUCAGCUAGUCCUUCUCAUCCCCAGCUUCCCCUGCCUACAGCGGGUCUCUCCCAGAGUUUGCCUCAGGAUCCACACCAGACAGUUGAUUCAUUAGAGGAUACUUCUAGUGAUUUGUUGUUCACGAAGAGGAGUCGAGGCCCCACACGAUGCCAUCAAGUUUGGAACAUGCGUGAAGGGCAACGCAUUUUUAUUACUACCAACAAUCUAGGGCAACCUGUUAAUGAAAAUGCUAGCAAGCUGACAAACUUUUUGGGGACAAUAGCACGUAAUGGGGAUUACGCACCCCUUACAUAUUCUAAUUGGAGGGUAGUGCCAAACGAGAAGAAGGAUGAUAUGUACGAACUUGUCAUGUCCAAGUUUCAGUUUGACAAAGAGAUUAAAUCUUGGGUGUUGAUGUCGAUUGGAAAAAAAUGGAGGGAUUGGAAGUGCGAACUGAAGAAAUUCCACUACUUGCCUCAUGAUAAUGAUGAGGCGUGGCUAGCAGACCUCAAUGAGCGUGUCCAAAAGGAUCAGUGGAAGGCCCUCAUUGAGUUUUGGAACUCUGAAGAGGGAAAGGUCCGUAAUAAGAUAAAUACGAAAAAUCGGAGAAAACAACGCAUUAGCCACACUGCAGGCACGAAGAGCUUUGCGCGAAUACGUGAAGAAGAGAGAAACAAGAGGGCCAAUAGGGAGGAUUUGACCCAAGUAGAUAUGUUCUUGUUGACACAUAGACGCAAGAAUGGGAUGCCUGUGGAUGAGGCCUCAUCAAGAGCAAUGGAACAAUUAAAUGAACGAACUUCGCAGCAGCCAGAGGCUUCACAUAAUAGCACUGCGAGGAGAGAUAUAUUCUCAGAAGUCAUGGGUGACGAACGACAUGGCCGUGUCCGCACUUAUGGGUUAGGUCCCUCUCCUUCUGAUAUAUGGGGCACAACAUCCCAUAGUGUCCAGUCCCAAGGGAUGACCUCCAAUGCUCAGAAGAUAGAUGAACAAUAUGAGGAAUUGCAUGCUGAAAUAUCUUCACUAAGAGAAACUAUGGCUGAUAGAGAUGCUCAAAUAUCUUCACUAAGAGAAACUAUGACAACAUUGAUGGCUGCCAUAACGAAUCCAAGCAUUAAUCUAGCUACAUUAUUAGGUGUUUCAGCUAAUCCUAGCUUGAACCAACCCUCCUCAUCAUCAAGCCACUUGGUUCUAACCCCUCAGAGAGACUUGGUGAAUAAGGGGAAUUCUACGAGUUGCACUAAUGUGACUCAAGUUCUUCUUAAGAGUAUUGUAAGACCUGGGGAUACUGUAGCUAAAGGAAUCGUUUUGAGCACGGAUCCAUUGACAAAAGUAGGGGGGCAAAAACUUGGAGUUGGUUUCUGGGAACCUUAUGUUGACUUGGCGAAUAGCUAUGGCACUGGGAAAAUGUCAGAAUUAGAGAGUUGUCUUGAGACAAACAUGGAGAAGUUCAAAACUGUUCCAGGGUGUGUUGGAAACUAUGCAGGACUUACCGAACCAGGAAAUGCUCGGGCUAAGGCAUUGUUAGUAAUUCCUAAGAAUUCUACACUUUCACCCAUUCCUGAUUCUUUGUGCUUAGAAGAGAAGGGCAGCCCUGCUACAAGGAGUAACAAGACGAGGAUUGAUCAUGGUGAAACAAAAUUACAAAAGCAGCCUACUUGA